GCAGCCUGUGGGCUGGACUGUGUGGCUGACGUCAAGGUUGUAAACGGUCAAACACCCGUAUGUACUCGCAGCUUUUUGUCCGGUAUAUAGAGGAAACAUGCCGGGAAAGAGAGAAACCAGCGGAGGGACUGCAUUUAAGAAAUACAUACCUGAGACAUAAACAUCACAUUAAGGACUACGGCGGCGUUUUAUGACACUUUAAGAGCAACUCUUAGGGCUACGUUGCUAUUUCACGGGCAAGUCGGUAUCGAAUGGACUGAUAAAGACAGUCCGUGCUUGAUCCGAAGUAGCCUAGCAGGCAGGCGGGCCCGGGCUGUGUGGAAAGAGAGGGGGGACAACGUGUGUGAGGCUCAAAUCAAGACGAGAUUCCUUCUUCCUAGGGGAUGUUAUCCGUAUUGUCUUAUGGCAGACUGGUAGCCAGGGCUGUCCUGGGUGGACUCUCUCAAACAGACAGUCGGGACUACAGCCUUAUCACCGCCAGUUAUGGUUUCGGUAAAGACUUUCGGAAGGGGAUCUUGAAGAAAGGGAUGUGCUACGGGGAUGAUGCCUGCUUCAUUGCGCGGCAUAGGGCCGCCGAUGUUUUGGGUGUAGCAGAUGGCGUAGGUGGUUGGCGUGACUAUGGUGUCGACCCAUCGCAGUUCUCUGCCACCCUAAUGAGAUCCUGUGAGCGACUGGUGAAGGAGGGACGCUUCGCUGCCAGUAGUCCAGUAGGUAUCCUGACCUCUGGCUACUAUGAGCUCUUGCAGAACAAAGUUCCUCUGCUAGGGAGCAGUACAGCCUGUAUCAUAGUUCUAGAUCGACGGGGUCACCGGCUACACACAUGUAACCUCGGUGACUCAGGUUUCCUGGUGGUUCGAGGAGGAGAAGUGGUUCAUCGCUCAGACGAGCAGCAACACUAUUUUAACACACCGUUCCAACUGUCCAUUGCUCCUCCGGGAGCCGAGGGCGUGGUGCUCAGUGACAGUCCUGAAGCAGCUGACAGCUCCUCCUUUGACGUACAGCUCGGUGACAUCAUCCUGACAGCAACCGACGGGCUCUUUGAUAACAUGCCAGACUAUAUGAUUCUUCAGGAGCUCAAAAAACUCAAGACUACCAACUAUGACAGUAUCCUGCAGACUGCACAGAGUAUUGCUAAGCAGGCUCAUGAUCUUGCCUACGACCCCAAUUAUAUGUCUCCUUUUGCACAGUUUGCCUGUGACAAUGGCCUGAAUGUAAGAGGAGGGAAACCAGAUGAUAUCACAGUGCUGCUGUCCAUUGUGGCCGAAUAUACUGACUGAUAAAAGUGUGUGUGACAGUGUGAAUGUACUUUUUCGGAGCUGAUCCUCCCUUCCCCUCUGCCUGAGUCUUCCACCUGCAGCCCUCCCAGAAUGCACUGCUGCAUCCAAUGGGCUGACCAGGGGAGGUGCACUGACACGACAAACACUCCUCACAGCGGGGCUGGUGUCCACCCGUGUAACACUUUUUUGUUUUCUUCCUCUGUUGUGCUUUGGUGCUUGAAUGGGGGACAGGAAGCAGGCAACUAGGAUAUCUUCAUGUUGAUCAUGAUGCAGGAGGAGCCGAGUACGACAGACUCGAGGGAUUGUCUUUCAAUCUCCUGUGUCUAAAUGCAUCUGUCUAAGAGACGAUCCAGGACAGUGUGGAUUGAUUGAAGGCUUUAAAAUCUGGUAGCACUUGUGUAUAAGAGGAGUAAGCCAUGCCUUUGGAUUGUGUAGAGUAGUGGGUGGAGUUGACUCAUCUGUCUCUGUUGUUCCAGCUGUUAUUCUGCUCUGUGUUGUAAAUGUGUUUGAACAAAACUGCUGGACAUUGAGUUGGGUUUGGGAAUGUGAAUGAUGGAUAAACUAACUAGUAAUUUGUCACUGGGCUGAGGGAUUUGUCUGUGCGCACAUUCUGAUUAGUUGUACUUUUUUUUUUUUUUAAGGGCUAUGUUAUAGCCUUUCUGUUAUCUUUACUUUGAUCAUAAAGCAAAGAACUAUUGUUACUAUUGUGGAAGAAUUACAUGCAUUCAUAAAAAAUAUUUUCUUGUAUAAAUCUUAAUCUCGAAGUGAGUUUUAUCAGUCCCAUAUUUCUACUUGCUGAAAUGAACAAGAUAUUUGCUGUCACUGAUUAAUGCAGCAGUUUUGUGGUAGGAGGAACUGUGUCUGAGUGUGCGUGUGUGCGCGCCUGUGCAUGUGUCGUAGGGUGUGUGCGGGGUUGGGAGAUGUACAUGCAAGAUGUUCUUGGGAUGUAUGGUGUUCUAAAUGUUAAUAUUUAUUUCACAAAGCUGAAGUUGGCAUCUGGGAAUGCUUACAACUGCAAUGAUAGGUCAGGCAUGAGUGUUAAAGAAAAGUUUUGUUUUUUUUUAACAUUCAGUUUAAGAGUUUGACGUGUGACAUGAAAUAUGUGUGACAGAUGGCUAAAAGAUGCAGCUAUCUUAAAAGGAGAUAAUGCGUGGUGUGUGUUUGUGGGGGUAAGUGUCACAUUUAUUUUUAUGUCCUUUUAUGUCUCUUACAUUUGUUUGCUGCUGCUUCCUUUUGUAAUUCACAUGUCUGUAUAUGCCUUGACAUGAUUUAUAUGAAAAGGGUCCUCAUGAUUGUAGUGUGUGCACUAAAUUUCAUCCAAAUACAUUAAUCAAAGACAUUGUUAACACUGUUCUUUUCAUAGUAGUGUAUCCCUUUCGUCUAACAGCUCAUUCAAGUGGUUUGCAAAGUGUCUACAGUUUAGAAGCAGAUGCACCAAAGAUUUUUCUUUGUGUAUGUCAGUAUACUUUGUCAUAAACAUCAUACAGCAAUACUGUAAACUCAUUGUGUUCUGAAUCUUGUGGGAUGGUUAGAAAGGUGGGUGUUCACAUGGGGACAUUAAAAUGUCGUUCCUGUGCCUAAUGUGUGAGAGUAACUGUUGUAUCAUAUUGUUGGUUAAAGUUAUAUGUGACUGGUGAUCUGUAACAAAGAAUAACACAGGUUUAUAAAGCCAAAGAAGGAAAGCCAUAUUUAAAUUGAUGGUGAGGGCACUGCUCCGUCUGCCCGCAAGAUAACAUUGUGUUAGUGGAGACCAAUAUUGUCACUGUGGUGUUCUUCUAACAAUCAUGAUAAAAACGGUAUAAUUGCUGCAAUAGCUGAAUUCACUAGCCUUGCUCAUCUUGCAAUAGAAAGCAGGAUUCUACAAUUCAGAUAUGUGAUGGAGCAGCAGUACAACAGAUGUCUGGUGUUUCUUCCUCAUAUACAUAAUCAAGACAGUUAAUUGAAUCUUUUCCGGUCUACUGUCUGCACUGUGGUUUUUGGCCUUAGCUAUUGGCACCAUUUUCAUACAGUUCAUUUCACACAGCUGUAGUUCAUUGUCUGUAGAAGGGUUUGUGUAUACAAAGGUUCAGUACUUGUAUUUACUUCAGAGAUAGCCCUGUAUUUUAGAGGGAUGCAACCCAAAUGCAGAAGGGAAGGUGGUGAGGUACGUAAUGGUGCUGUGAACUUAGUGUGAGGAUGAGCACAGUUUCAGCCUUAACCAGACCUGUGAUCAAAAGGCCUUCCCAGCCAUUGGAAGCUUGUUUUGUCUUGGUCAUGUUGUCCGGUGUUCGAUGUGAGUGAGGUUUGCCCUGUCUUUCCAGUAAAGCCGUUCUCAAAGGUGCUUCUGCAGUCCUGUUUCCAGCAAGCAAUGUUUGUGUGUAUGAAAGAUACUUCUUUGUCCACAUUGUAACACUGCAGGUCUAAUUUAUGUAAAUAUGUUUUGAGAUA